AUGGCGGCCAAGUUCGAUACCGCAACCCCACCACCUCCUACUCUCCACACACCGACAACACCUCGCUUUGGCACCUUCGACGAUGAUUACCAGCCAUAUUCCCCUCGAAAAUCAAGUCGCGUAGCGCAGCGGUCUCGAUCUGCCCAAACACCGCCUCGCCAGGUCUCGAGCCACAACCUACGAGCAAGCCAUUCCACUCCACAGUCAUCCAACAGAUCAUCAUCCUCCACCAUGGCUGAUUCUUUGCCUACAUCCCCGCAAACAGCGUCGAAGAAGCGAGUUCCCCAAAGCUCACUCCAAGUUGGCGGCCGACGAGUCUCCGGAGCUCUCGACUACGAAGCUACCACUUCCGCAGCUAUGGCUCUUGGUUUACCUACCCCCCACAGAACUGACAAAAUGGACGCCCGCCGAUCUAUCACUGUUGACAGCAAUGGCAUGCUUCCUACUCCAGCAAAGACACCAAAGAAGGCACCUGGAGAGACGGAUCCAGCGGUUAAGGCUGUGGCCCGCAAUUUGUUCUCUGUCCACUCAGCUACUAUGGACGAGGUCAUGCCAUCCCCCAAAAAGAAAGGCCGCAAGAAGUUUUCCGGAUACACUAUGAAUAGCUUCGCGGCGGAAGAUGAGAAUGAACCGAUUUCAAUCUUCACAGAUUCUCAAGAUCGUGUCCCUGAGGUUGAUGUAGGCCCAGAUAACCCAUUCUACGGCGAGAGCUCCAAGGUUUCACCUGAGCCAGCCAAGCGCGCCAGUAAGCGCAGAAAGGUCGUUGUCCCUGGCGAGGGCGAGCAGGAUUUUGAGGAGGUUGAACGUCGUGAGGAUGGACUCAUUUAUGUUUUCCGGGGCAAGAAGGUCUUCCGCAAGUUUUCCGAGGUAGUCGGUAAUACGGGAUCUUUCACUGCUAUGGAUGCUGAUGAGGAGGAUGUUGAUACCGAAAUGGGUGGUGAUUAUGAUGCUCCUGCUUCAAAUCAAUUCAGUGGCCGUAUUACUCGAUCAUCCGUCAAGCCGCGCCUGCUUUUCCCCUCCGCCCAGCAACUCCAAUCCAAGGAGUUGAAAGCCAAAGCUGCUGCUGAAGAAGAAGAGGCCGACACUGACAUUGAGGAACCAUCCAGCAUCACCAGAAGCCCCUACACUCGUGGUAGCCGGAAUGUUACCACAACUCCAAUGGACCAGAUGGAAGAUGAGGUCGCCACUCCCAAGGCACCCAGGUUCGCACCUGUUUCUCCGCCUACUACAACUAGGACUACCCGAUCGAAAAACUUCGAUAUGAUGAGCUCUCCAGCAACACCUAGCAGUGGGGAUGAAUGUCCAUCAACACGAAUGCGGGGGAGUCGAAGCCGAGGUGGAAAAGUCAGUCCCUUUGAUAGCUGGCAAAGAGUCAAGGCUGACGAGCCAAAGGGUGCCAAUAAGAGAGAGGGUGAGCCUCUUGCUCGAGGCAGAGGCGGUAAGAGAAUCCGUAAUUAG